UUUGGCUGGUCCUACUCAAAUUGUAUCAUUUACGACCUAAGACAUACAUUAUAUCGAAACUGCAGGCACCCGAGUGCUCCUUGAUUCCGGAGAAAAUCGAUUCGUCAGGGUCUGUUCUGUCCGAAACCCGUUGCACAUAACUUGAAGAACGCCCUCCCAGUGUCUACUACCAAUAAGCUGUCAUAACGCCGCUGCUAUCACGUACUGUCACGUACUGUCGGUUUAUAGAAGCUAGGCCGACCUGAUCUGACCAUCCGUAUCUGCUAUAGAUCAUACAUCCAGAUCGCGCCUCCUGACGCGCUUGGGAUUGUGUGAAUAGGCUAGAUUGGCGAGCGAAAGUAUGUAUAGGGCCGGUUCCCGGUAACAUUAGGUUCGACGCUUGAGAAGCCGCGCAUCUUCCAGUCCUAAAGCCAUGGACUUCAUUCGGACGAACGUCCUAGGGAGGGACCAGUUACAAGAGGGGCAGGUGCGGGAUUUAGAGCAGCAAAGACCGCAAGAGAUGGGCGAGCAGCGAAGUCACCACACGAGAGGUCUUUCACUCAGCCGUCCGCCUUUACCUUUACCUAGACUAUUCAUCGACCGGUCACAUCUAGGUAGGCAGCAAAUUCAUAGAGCCGACGACGACAGCCCGAAAACCCCGCAUUCCAAUGCUACACAUCUCCCGACCCAGCCGCAGUCCUCGGGCCGAAAUUCCUCACGUUCAACCCUACCAGGACCAACAAAUCUAUCAUCUGGGACCGUCUCCGAGCCAUCGCUAUCUCAGGCACAUGAUAUUCCUGUCAUACCUGAACCAUCGCCUGCUUAUCCGAGCGAUGGCUUUGGAAACAGUCGCGCUGGGCAUUCACGGUUUCGUGGGGCCGAUCCGGCGGAGACAGAAUUAGCCGACGCCGUAGAUCGGAGAAGACGUCGUCAGGAUCGGGGACGGGUGCGACGGCAUAUAGACAGAGAUAACCCCAGGAAAUUUUUCUUUUGCUUCCCCUGGAUCCAGUCGCGACGCCUACGUUCUCAGAUCGUGCGUUGCUUUGUAGCAGGCAUUUUGUUGAUGCUUAUGCUUGCUGUUUACCUCGCACUCUCUAUCACAAAGAACAUCAACAGCAACGAGUUCACGGUGCUCUUGAUCCUUGUCAUAUUAUCCGCUACUAUCUUCUUCUGCCACGGAUUGAUUAAGAUCUGCAUGAUCAUUAUCAGGCCCCCCCAAGAUGAUGAUGUUGAACGCGCGCCAUUCCCGAGGCAGGAGCCUGGCGGUUAUGCCGUACCACGGCGACCGAUCCACGUUAUUCUAGCACGCGAUGAGGAGGUCGUGGGAAAUGCAGAACCCUCAAGUAAACUGGAGCCCCCGGCUUACGGGUUAUGGCGUGAAAGUGUGCGUGUGGACCCGGACCGCCUCUACUGGCAACGCAACGAUCAGGCAUCCACAGUUGGGAGUGACGACGAGGAGUCACGUCCCGGGUCAGGCCACGCGCGGCCACCGUCGUAUGCAUCAGAAGAUGGCAUAUCAUACGUCGUUGAGGCGCGCCCUAGAUCGGUCGUUCCGCCGGCCGAUAUACCUCUUACGCCCCACACGCCUUACACGCCUCUCACUCCUCAUACUCCUCAUACACCUCAUACACCCCACAUGCUUCACCCACCUCACACCCCUCUCACGCCCCACUCUGCUGCGUUUCUCUCAGUAGAGCGAUCCCCAAGUGCUCGGUGAUAGAGAAGUUAGAAAUUAGGUCUGCUCUGCUCUAUUGCAAACUCGACCGGGAUUGUAGAGGUUAAGGUAAUGAGGAGACACAUGGUAGGGCAACCAAAGAGAUGUGUAAGAUGCCGAACGUAAUAUUGGAACACUCUGGAAAUAUAAGGAGGAGCCUGA